AUGCGCUUGCUUCUGCGCUUGGCAGUUUUGCGAGCUUCCACAAAUGUCGCAGAUGUCAGCCGUCAGGGGAUCAUGGGAGAGGAGCUCCUUCGUUCAACAACACUCAGCGGCCCGCCUAGCCUUGACCAGAAGCUCUUGCUUCACAACACAGUGUCGGCUCAAGCGUUCGUUGUGUUCGAUCAGUGUGUUCUGGAAUUGGUCCUGAGCACGUUGCCCGGCGCGCCCUCCCCACGCUGCAAAUAUGCCCCGCUGCCGCGGCCAAUUCGUGGAGGCAUGCAUACCGAGGCCCAUCAUACGGAUGGUACUUUUGGUGGUGCUAGCUUUAGUUUGGAGUGGCGUUCUCCUUACACCCUCUUUGCAAUCUUUUUAGCUUCACCUCUGUCCGCCUCGGAAGAGUUCUCCCAGGUCUCCCAGGAUAAGAGUCCCAAUGACUACGUGGACCUCAGCGCCGAAGAAGACGAGGAGGAGGACGAGGCAACCCUGUGGGACUCCGUCCGAGAGCUGGCCAGCGACCGCCGGGCACAGGGAACCGCGGCCCUAACACUGGGUGGCUACGUUACGGUUGGCGUCGUGGGUGGGACGAGCGGCCUGGUCACGGGAGGCACCGUCGGUACCGUGCUGGGGCUGGGCCCAGCGCUGGUUACAGCCGGGUUAUCCGUGCCGGUGGGUGCAGUCGUUGGCGCUUGCACCGGGCUUUGUGUAGGAGCUUCGGCGGGCGCUGCUACGGGGGCGGCAGCCGGCUUUUUCCUUGGCCGACGGGCCUUCUACAGAAGCCCGGACAGGCUGCAAAGUACCGUGGAGGUUACAGAGGCAGCCCCUCCUGCCCCGGAGCCGUUUGAUCAUGUGCUGGAGACUGAACCUGGCCCAAAGCCCGACUGUUAG